CUUACCGCCUGGCACCAUAACAGUACAUCUUUCCUCUCUGUAUUUCUAACAGUAACGAUAAACCCCUCAAAACAUACAACAUAAAAGUAAAUACAUAAGGUAGGUAGGCCUGGAUCGCGCCCCAACCAGUACAUAAAAAUAGCCGAGGCCAGACAGGCCUUUUCCCACGCUUAUUCGGUACGGUGGGGGGGGAACAGCCCUGGCCAGACAUUCACGCAUGGCAUGGAUCCAUGUACUUUGUAUACAGAAACCAUGGUUGAUUCGGGGUUGUCGCGGAGGGCACUGCUUCGUUUGGGGCGCCAGUUGGGGAAGCCCGGUAGUAGCUGCGGACAGGCCUAGACUCUCGUGGUUGGUGGCCUGCUGGCAGCCGGCAGUUGGCAUGCGGGCUGGGGUUCUGCGGUUCUGGGUUCUGGGUUCUGGGGUUCGUGGGGCAUGUAUACUAGUAUUGACUACCAGUUCUACCAGUAGUAGGCUAGCCACUUGGGCUAUUUGGCGGUUUUUAUUUAUAGAUGAUCGUAUGUUCUGUUGUCUGUAUAGUAGUGUAUGUCUUUCUGGAUGAUGUGCUAGUAAGGAAUGUUGCUUUCGUUGGAGCGGGGAGAUGACGAGGGUGAGGGUGAGGUUAUUCCCGAUACAAUACUACUAGCUUGCGGACAAU